AUGAUACAAGCAAACCUCUUGUUGAGGUACAAGAGGAAACCUAUGAUAUUGUUAUUAUCAAAGGGAUCAAAAGGAGCAGUACCAGACAAUUCAUUAGACUUGACAGAUGCAGCUGUGGAGCAUAGUGGCAUCAUCAAGUUUGCAAUGUCAAUCACUACUAAAGAUACAAAGACUAUCUAUCUGUCGGGUCAGACGGCACAAGAGUCGUCAGAGUGGGUGUCUGCACUUAAGGAGGCAACAGGUAGAUCACAACGACCAGUGAUCACACCAAUGCCCUCAACCACAACCAUAAACAACGUCAUUGAAAAGACAACAACGCCGACACGUCCAUCAUACUUUGUGCCAGUGGUCGACCAGUCACCACCCGCUCCACAAUACGCCAAGAAUGGUAGUAACAUCAUCUAUCCAUUCAACCCUGUUUCUGCUCCAAACGGUGCCAAUCCACCAAUGACAUACGGUCAGCCACCACCUCCACAGCCAUACAUCCAUCAUGGUCAGACACAGUACAAGAACCCUGCACCAGUGCAGACACAUCAUAUGGCUCAGCCACAACAGCCAAUGGCAUCACAUUUUGCAUACAAUGGUGUCUUUGGGCCAUCAUAUUAUCAACAACAGCCACAACAACAACAGCAACAUGGACAACAACAACAAUAUUAUCCACAGCAUCCACAACAACAACAACAACAACAACCAACAUACCAACAACCUCCUCCACCACCUGCCAGACCACUCUCAAAUGGAACACUUCAGCAUUCACACUCAUAUCCAAGCGAAUACUCUCAAGAUCCACAACAACAACAAUAUGAUCAAGGACAACAGCAGUCACUGGCCAAUAUGCAUUCGACAUCAUUUAACGAACCAUACUCGAAGCCUUCAGAGAGUCAAUACGCAGACUUUACCAAGUACUUCUCUCUAAGCUCUCAGCGACUCUAG